UUGUAAAGUACCUAAAGUCCUAAAUCAUCGCUUUCAGCAUUGAAUCUACACUCAAUCAUAGUCUAUAUUCACUUAUUUGUUUUCUUUCCUCUCUUAAAUUUUGAUCCAUCCCCCACUUAUUUGAACUUAGAACUUCCAUCUUCUCUCUCUCCAAUUCCAACAUAGAUUCUUGAGCUUCCUACUCCAAUGGCUCCAAUUGCGCUUCUCAACCCAGCAACAAGUGUCACAACUAUAACUGGAAAGGUGAAGAAGCAUGUGAUGAGGGGAAAGUACUCUUUUGGUGGUGGAAGAAGCUAUAGAGUGGGAUUGCCACCAUUGUUGGUCCUUCCAAGUUGGAGGGUUCAAAAGGUUCAAUGUUUUGGUAAUUGGAGUAGAAAUGAUUCAAAAGUAAUUGGGGAUAACAGAGGUUCCAUGGUAGUGAAGGCUGCUUCUGAAGGAGGAGCUAUCUCUCUACCUAAGCAUUGGCCACUUUCAAAGGACCCAGAAGAAAAACUCCAAGACCCAGUUCCCAGAAUGAAGGGUUCGAGCCGUUUCUUCACGGUGGGUCUUGUAGCUUCAUGGUACUCCUCCAACAUUGGCGUUCUCCUUCUCAACAAGUACCUUCUCAGCAACUAUGGCUUCAAGUACCCGAUCUUCCUCACCAUGUGCCACAUGACAGCAUGUUCUUUGUUCAGUUAUGUUGCCAUAGCGUGGAUGAAGGUGGUGCCUUUGCAAACCAUACGAUCCAGGGUUCAGUUCUUCAAGAUCUCUGCUUUGAGCCUUAUUUUUUGUGUCUCCGUUGUGUUUGGGAACGUGUCGUUGAGGUACCUUCCUGUGUCGUUUAACCAAGCAAUUGGUGCCACAACGCCUUUCUUCACUGCCGUUUUUGCUUACCUAAUGACGUUUAAGAGGGAGGCUUGGCUCACAUAUCUCACACUUGUUCCGGUUGUCACUGGUGUCAUCAUUGCCAGCGGGGGUGAACCAAGUUUCCAUUUAUUUGGAUUCAUUAUAUGUGUUGCUGCUACAGCUGCAAGAGCCCUGAAAUCAGUGCUACAAGGAAUUUUGCUUUCUUCCGAAGGAGAGAAGCUCAAUUCUAUGAAUCUUCUCCUUUACAUGGCUCCUAUGGCGGUGGUUUUCCUUCUUCCCGCUACACUUAUAAUGGAAGAAAAUGUGGUUGGAAUCACUUUGGCGCUUGCCAGAGAUGAUUCCAAGAUCAUUUGGUAUCUGCUAUUCAAUUCGGCGCUCGCAUAUUUUGUCAACCUGACCAAUUUCUUGGUCACAAAACAUACAAGUGCUCUGACCCUUCAGGUACUAGGGAAUGCUAAAGGGGCUGUAGCAGUAGUAGUAUCAAUUCUAAUAUUUAGAAACCCAGUUUCGGUUACUGGAAUGAUGGGGUACACCCUCACAGUCUUUGGAGUUAUCCUUUACAGUGAAGCGAAAAAGCGAACCAAAUGACACCAUUCUUGUGAAGUUGACAUUCAACUCCUUAUAUUUUGUCUUGGUGACCGCACUGCACAGACAACCUCCUCAAUCAAAGAUUAUACAGAGGCAAAUUUCUUUAGCAUGCUAGUGACAUAAGAUUCAGUUUUUCUGACUCUUGGUAUACAAUUUUUUCUUUUUUUGGUUUUACUCCUCACACGUAAAACCUCGAUUGAAUGGGUUAACAGUUGUAUAAACAUUUAUUUAGAAAUAGUCCUCACAGUUGAAAAGUUGCGAUAAUUGACUUGUUAUUAUCCUGCUUCACUUAGAGGAAUGUCUUCUCUGUCAUUUUAUUCUUUUGGGAUAAGAGUGGUAGAAUUGAACCACUACUCAUAUGUUGUUAACACUACCCACAUUCGUUUAUUAAUGAUAUGAUUCGUAUCUUUAGCUCUCAUA